CUGAGUUACCUUGUAUAUGAAAUAGGCAUGUGCCGGUCUCAGAUUGUGACGGUAUGAUAACCUUGAGCAAAAAUGUUGCGGUAUUGCAGUUACAGCUCUAAAAUUUAUAAUUUUGAAAAAUUAGGUUAGAUAAAACACCUUUACCCCCCCCCCCCCCUCAUUGAACACGAGCUAUUUUAUUUUUCAACAAACUACAAAAUAUUUGGUACAUUAAUAAACAUGUUCCAUGUUAGGUUAAAAUGAAGCAAACAUUCAAAAAGUGAAAAAAAGAGUUGACUAAAAAAUGAUCAAAACAUUCAUCAGGUUGUUUGACUUAAUACAAGGAACUUCACAUCAUCCCAAAGAUUUUGAGAAAAUCCUUUGACCGCAGUCAUUUGCUUUUGUGAGGUAUUACGACGUGGUCUACCAUUUUAAUUAAUGACAGCGUAAUCGAUUAACUGUAUACAGGUCUAUGCGUGUUUGUUCACACUUAAUGCGCGAGACAGGUUUCUUGUCCCUGUCAAGUCAAUGUAUCAGCAAAAUGCAUGCGUGUUUGUGUGUAUGCAUGUGUGUCUAUAAUUAAACCAAACACAAUGAACCUUAACCCCGGUUGGUCUUUCGUGCCUGUGCAAGUUAUUUAUCGCUGGAAUAUGUAGCUUGUGUGUGUAUAUGUUUAAUGUGUGCGUGUGUGUGUCUAAAAUGUGUACGUUCAGCAGAUGGUCUCAUUGAGUGUAAAGUCAAAGGUAACAUGACAACAAGAGCAGAUUACAAACUUCUCUCCUCCACUGGUCUUAUUUCUCUUCUAUUUAUGUUCCCCAGUCUGUGUGUGUGGGUGUUGACAUAAAUCAGCUGUUAAGUGUGUGCAUGAGAGAGGGGUCUCAGGCUCCAAUCCCUCCCCCCUCUACCAUUAUAUAAAUAAUCUUUAGCCGCACAUUCUUUUCUUCACUCGUUGUCUACAGACUACACAACCCCGAUGCCUCAGUUUGAGAAGAAGGCGGUGCACAUGAAGGACCCCGAGAGGGUGGAGCAGAUCAUCUGCGGCCUCAUCAAGGGAGGAGCCUCCAAGCUUCAGAUCAUCACUGACUUUGACAUGACGCUAAGCAAGUUCGCCAUCAAUGGCAAACGCUGUCCGACGUGCCACAACAUCAUCGACAACUGCAGCCUGGUGACUGAGGAGUGUCGCCAGAAACUGCUGCAGCUCAAGAACAAAUACUACCCUAUCGAGAUUGACCCGCAACUCACCAUGGAGGAGAAGUACCCCUUCAUGGUUGAGUGGUAUUUCAAGUCUCACACUCUUCUGGUGGAACAGAGGAUGGAGAAGGACAAAUUGCCACAGGUGGUGCGAGAUUCUGAUGCUGCACUCAGGGAGGGUUUCGAGCAGUUCUUCGACCGCCUGCACCAGCACGACGUGCCCGUCUUCAUCUUCUCCGCCGGCCUGGGUGACAUCCUGGAGGAGAUCAUCCGCCAGGCGGGCGUCUACCACCCCAACAUCAAGGUGGUGUCCAACUUCAUGGACUUUGACGACAAUGGCGUCCUGCGGGGCUUCAAAGGCGAGCUGAUCCACGUUUACAACAAGCACGACGGCGCCCUGCGCAACACCGACUACUUCAAGCAGUUGAAGGAGAACUGCAACAUCAUCCUGAUGGGAGACUCGCUGGGCGACCUCAGCAUGGCCGACGGCGUUACCAACGUGGAGAACAUCCUCAAGGUUGGCUUCCUCAACGACAAGGUGGAGGAGCGUCUGGACAAAUAUUUGGACUCUUAUGACAUCGUCCUAGUAAAGGACGAGACCCUUGAAGUGCCCAACGCCAUCCUCCAGAAGGUCCUAUAACUUCCUCCUCGGACCACUACCACCACUGGACCCCCUCCUCCCACCCUUACCCAUCACGCCUGCUUCAAAGCCUUUGUACAUUUCCUUAACGGACACUUUUAAAUGUGUCUUCAACUUCACUUUGUUUUUGUGUCAAACUCUCACUCCAUCUUGUCGACACCAGCAUCACACUGCAGUACAGUGGACCCCUGCAUAUUCGCGGUUCGGCAAUUCACUUAGUCGCUGAUUUUUUUGUGGGGCGUGACCUAUCUCCCGUUAUUCGUGGAAACCCCUGCUUAUUCGCAUAUUUUCUGACUCCCAAAUUCAUUGUUUUUUUUCUGCAUAGUUUUUUUUUUUUUUUUUCCUUUAUGGGAACAAUAAGAGUGCGUCAAUUAUUCUUCAAACUAUUCUUGGUCGGCUCAGUCCCUAUCUCCUGCAAAUAGCGGGGGUACAGUGAAAUCCAUUUAUCGCAGGGGAUGCAUUCCAAACCAACCCACAACAGGUGAAAAGCGGCGAUAACGGUAAUUAGCAUUGCUAUUAUGAUAAUUACAAACCUUCAAACAACUUAUUUCAACUUCUUUAAGACACACAGAGCACCAACACAUACAAACAGUACCCUAUACAAAGCACAGAUGUUAUGGUAAUCACACCACUUAACACAUGGACCAUUGUCAGUGCAUUUAAUGAAUUGAUCGUAACUGGUUGAUACAGUUGUGCUCGAUUCAAUGCCUUGACAAUGAAAUGACCUGGAUGAAUGAGAAUAUUCACAAUGAGCUGCAAUAUAGCGGGGGAACUCUAUACAGGCUUUCAUUUUUUACAAUAUGGUCAUCUUUAUGUACCAUAAAAUACGUACAUAUCUGCACCGGACCAGGAAAUGGGAUUCAGGAAACGAGGCCCUUUUGAAAAUCAUUAUAAUAGAAAUUAAAAUGGAUUCAGCACUCUGUUUAACUUUGGGAUGAGGUGAUUUGAGGAAAUGCACUUUAAAAUAGGUGUGCAUAUCUGUAGGAAUUAGAGGAUAUAUGCUUAUGUAGGAUGAUUAAAAAAAAAAGUCAUGUUUACUUGCAGUCAGCCUUUUAAAGCCCACUCUGCUUUGAAGAAGCACUUUAUCCUCCAUGUUUUAGUUUUCUCAAAACGGGGCAGAAAUCCAUGCUAAGCAUAAAAAACACACCAAAGUUAAAGAUAAGCCUUUUAGUUGCAAAAGCCACACGCCGGAACUGUCAGUUGCUUUUUUCUCCCUUCUUUUUUUAAGUUUUUGACAUCUUUAAUGUGUUUUACAUGUGCUGCUAUCACCUGCAUGUUGCCUUUUCUUAACAAAGAAGGAAACAAAUCUAUUUACAUAUAUAAUCAAUGAAACCGCGAAUAAUGUCAUACUGUAAAUUGUGGAUCUGGUGUUGAAAUGUUUCCAAAGGUAGAUUCAUGUGUUGUAUUUUUAUAAGCAGAUUAAGUUGCCCCCCCCCCCCCCCCCGCCCCCUCCUGUGAUGGUGUGAGUUGGAAAUGUAAUACAACAUUGUAAUAUAUGUUACAUGACUGUGUUUUUUAAUUGGGUCUGUAUGGAUGGAUGGGUCUUUAUAGCAUUUCAGUACUGUACUGUAGUUGUAAUGCUUUUGCAAUACACUAAAUGGCCUAUAAGGGUGGGGGAAAUAAUUCUGCGUCGAAAACAUGGGUUGUUGGUCUAGGGAUAUGCAGGUUUAAUGUCAUUAAAACCUCAAUCUAGUUAAGCAUAAGAAUUCAAAUAUUUUCAACUGCAAACCCACAUAAAGGUUAAAUCUACUGCAGAUAAUAAGCUUGGUAAUUCUUACACAGUACACUGUAGUCCUUGUCUUUAUGUAUGUUUUAAAAUAUAAAACUGAGAGAAAUAAGAAGAAAUCAGACAAAUGAAUGUCCUGUAAUUGUAGUUUGCCUCAUUAGUAAAUGUAUUCCUACCUAUACUGAGUGAGCCAUGAACCUAAAACAGCUAAGGACUCAAUAUCCCAGGGUGGUCAAACUCAGUUUUGUCAUGGGCCACAUCGUAGUUAUGACUGUGAACCCAUACAAAUUGAUGGAUAACUAGUUUUGAAAUCUGGAGCUUAUGUAAGCAUGUUUUUCAACUACUAAUACAUUUCUUUUAAACUGUUGAUUGGUAACAAAACAUGCUUGCCAUUUCUCAACAUUAUUACAAGUGAAGAACAUUUUUAUUUUUGAUAUUUUCACAAGUAACAUGAAGUUGAUGCAAAUUAUUUGCUUUCACGGUCCAAAUAAAAGGAUGUGGUGUGUUGAAUCUU